AAAGAAUGUUGUCUAUUUUUUUUUCUUUUUUCUUUAUAACUUUUUUUUGACAUUAUGGAAUAUCCUGAUUUUGAAAAGUUUAUUAAGUACUUUCAGUACAAUAAUGCUCGUGAACCGCAUUGCGGAAUAAAACAAUUCCAAAGAAUAAUGCGUGAGAGUGGCUUCCGCCUGGCUCAUAUGAAGAAUCAUAUUACAUUAGCCACAAAAUGUGAUGGUUAUUAUGUAGCGGAUCCACGUCCUUUGGACAUCUUGACCAUUAAAGCAGUAGGAGCAGAUGAAGAUGAGGAUGAUGAAUUUGAGGUAGCAGCUGCCGAAUUAGCAGCAGCAAUCGAAGCAACAACAACAACAACAACAACAACAACAACAACAACAACAACAACAACAACAACAACAACAACAACAACAACAACAACAACAACAACAACAACAACAACAACAACAACAACAACAACAACAACAACAACAGCAGCAACAACAAUAACAUCAACAACAACAACAGUAGCAGCUCCAGCAACAACAACAACAGCAGCAGAAAUUGAAGCAGCCGUUCAACAAGCGGCUGAUGAGGCAGCAGCUACAGCUGUUUUAGCAGCAGCAGCAGUAGAAGCAGCGGCAGCAGCAUCUCCUCCAAAAACAGAAAGGGAGACUGCAUUAGCUGAAGCAUCAGCAGAGUUAGCUGCGGCAUUUGACGCUGUUCAGGAAACAACAGCAGCAACAUCAUCAUCAUCAACAGCAGCAACAUCAUCAUCAUCAACAGCAGCAGCAGCAUCAUCAGCAGAAGCAGCAUCAUCAGCAUCAGCAGCAGUAGCAAGAGUGGCAGCUUCGCCUGCACCUAGACCGUCUCCGGUCAUUGAAAGAUUUGAAGCGUCCAUGGCUAGAGCUACAAGCUCAAGAACAGCCGUAACAGCAGCAACAGCACCAUCAUCAACAACAGCAGAGCAAGAGGAGCUUGCUGAUAUAGAAGGUCGCCUCUUGGCUCGAAUUACAAAAAAUGAUAAUCCCAACUACCUCGCCAAAUUACAAAGAAGGGCCGGUGAGUUAAAUUCAUGGUCAAGAAGUGUGGGUAUGGGUACUAUCUUCGAUCGCUUGUUAGAAUCAGGCGGUUUGGCCGAAUUCACGUUUAGACUGUCGGUAAUCAAUGAUACUUUUACAAUGACCAACACUACACAACAAGUAUUCAAAAGAAUGUCAGGUAUUUUAGCCAGUGAAAUUAUCAAUGUCACAAGCUACACCAUGAUUGAAGCUGGAUUUCAUCGCGAAAUGGCUGUUUUGAUGGCGCAUCCGUUGGCGAGAAAAUUAAGUUUUUUGAGAACAAAUUCGAUCGAUUGGAUGUUUAAUCAAAUUGAACAAAAAUUACGAGCAAUCAAUGCCGAUCAUAGGGAAAUAGCCGUGGCAAAUGAGAUCAUUUGGGAUGACAUGGAAGAGACAAGAGGUCAAGAAUAUGAAGGGGAUGUUUGGCAAGCUCAAAUUCAAGAUAACCCGGAUGAGGCCAUUUACCAGAUGAAACGCUUGUUGGAGACGGCUGGUUUUGUGUUUGCUACAAACAAUGGUCCUAUUUAUAUGGGUGUAUCAGUAGGAGGAAGAUUGGUGUUUGAUCAUGUUCCGUUACAGGUGUACAUGUUGGAAAAAGAUCUACAAGAUGAAAUAGCACGUGAAGGAUAUGAGGAACGACAAUAAAGUCAAAGAAUAACGUUGCAUAGUUAUCAUGCUUUUUUAAUAAAACUUGCUUGCUGUUGUGAUCGAGCUUUAUAUAUUCAUGUAUGCUUGAUCUACACAGCAUAUUUUUAUCCAUUACGAUAAUUUUAUAAACACUUCUUUUAAUGUUGC